UCUCCCGAGCAAUCAAGCGGACAUCCCGCUAAGAGACUGAAAACUGGAAUGGCCACCAGUAACAGCAACAAGUAUCACAUCGAAUUUGAGGAUCCUUCGCCCCAGUUCGCUAACGGUUUGCUUGACCCGGAGAACGCGCUGCGGCUGCAUUCGGAAUAUGCCAGUAGCGAACCCUACAAACAUGCGAAGCUGGAUCAGCUGUUCCAGGACGAACUGCUUGUCAAAGUGAAAGACGAGUGUUUAGGACAGCUGUGCUUCACUGAAAAGGAGACGGAUAUAUACAAGGUUCACCAGACCGGCGAUCUUGCAUCGCUGUCCUUUCUGUCCUCGGAGGACCUCGCUCGCCUGCCUUCAUUGCUCACUCUGCGAAACGCCCUCUACUCUCCGCAAUUCCGCUCGUUCGUGCGCACCGUUACAGGAUGCGGCCCACUCUCUGGGAGCAAACAAGACAUGUCCGUCAACACAUACAAGUUCGGAUGCCAUCUUCUUAAUCAUGACGACGUGAUCGGCACCCGACGGGUAUCAUACAUCCUAUAUAUGCCCCUCCCGCAUGGACAAACGUGGCAGCCGGAAUGGGGCGGCGCACUGGAGUUGUAUGCUACGAAGGAUGGCCCAGGUGGCAUACCGGAACCCGAGGCUUUGCCGGCGAGGAGCAUACCACCCAGCUGGAACCAGUUCAUAUUUUUCGAGGUGCAGCCGGGAAAAAGCUUCCAUUCCGUCGAGGAAGUCGUCGUCGGCAAAGAAGAAAAGGAUGGCCGUGAGCGUUUGAGUAUCAGCGGAUGGUUCCACGCGGCGCAACCCGGUGAGGAGGAUUAUGUGCCCGAGCCUGCGCCGGAACUCAAGAGCUCGCGCGAACAACUUGCCUCCAGCUCCAUCGACCAUACCCCGUACGCAGACACGAACGAUCCGCCACUGCCAGACGCUACAUUACCGCCGGAGCACACAUCUUUCCUCCGCGAAUUUCUCAAUCCUGUAUACCUUCAACCGCGCACGAUGAGGGCACUCGCCGGUCGGUUCGUGGAAGAGUCGAGUUUGGAGCUGCACUCCUUCCUUUCCGAGUCGCUUGCUGCACGUCUCCUGUCGGGUUUACGGGACGCCGAUGCAGACGCCGGGUUGGACCAAGGGCAGCGGCAAGGUCGCAUACCGCUUCAUACUGCCGGUUUAAGCGGGGACUGGGAAAUCACAGGCCCACCACACAAAUGGCGCUACUGCACGCUUCGGCCUAAAGUCCCUGGCUCAUCGUCUGCUGUAGUCGAGCCUCGGGCUGCGAACACCUCCACGACGGAGAUUAUUCGUAGUCUUCAGGAUGAGCUAUUCAAAAGCGAGGCUUUCCGCGCUUGGCUCGCCACCGUUUCCCAAAUGGUACCGCUGAGCUUCGCGGCUCAGGCCCGGCGCUUCCGACCCGGGCUGGAUUACACUUUGGCAACGAGCAAUGAAAAGGAAGCGCGCCUGGAUGUGGUGCUCGGCUUGACUCCUGAAGCCCAGGCUCGCGAGGCGAAGGCAAAAGGGAAGAAGAAGAGGACACAGCACAAGCCCACUGGCUGGGAAACCGGCCUAUGGGGUGGUUGGGAGGCGAAUUUCUGGUUUCAAUGUUCGAAUUUACCGCUAACCUGCUAUAUGGCUCCUCACGAAGGCGACGAAGACCCCGCUGUUUAUCGAUCGGGCGCUCAGCGACAAAAUGGGAUGGAAGGCGCACGUGCUACUGCCAAUGGUGACGAUGGACAAAUCCAGACUUCCAGUGCUCCCUCUUCUACAGAGGAAGACCAGAGAAAAUCCAGUGGCGACGAGGAUGAGGAUGCUUCCAUGGCAUCCGCUUCAAGCGACGAGGACGAAGAUGACGGGACGCUGCUGACAGUGCAACCGGGAUUCAACAGAAUGCUCAUGGUACUGAGGGACGAGGGUGUCUUGAAGUUCGUUAAAUAUGUAUCAGCCGCUGCCGAGGGGUCGCGAUGGGAUAUAUGCGGAGAGUAUGAAAUUGGUGCAUUAGAGGAAGACGAAGAUUGAAAAUUGUACGCAGAAACUCGUAGGUGGUGUGCAUUGUGUACCCAAGACAUUUCCGCGAAGUUACUUAAC